UCCUUUAUUUGUGGCUUGUUUUGUUUCAGUCAGACAGAGGUUGUAGUUGGAAGGGACAAACGAGACUGUGUCUGUUUUUUUGCCCUGGAGACAGUGGGAGCUUUGUGGCCCGGGGCAGGCUGUGUGCCGGGAGCAGGAUUCAGAGUCGGUGCCAUGGGCUCUCCUGUGGGCCCUGCCUCGCACAGGCGUCAGGAGUGCAUGAGGGGCACCCCCACUUCCCACAGCUCCCCCAGCACCUCGGCGACGUACAUUUGCCAGACUUGUAUUGCGAGCUCAGGACGCAUCGUGGUGGGAGAGGACCUCAUGUGCCCUCCGAGGGGCCUGGCUGAUAAACUGGGGCCCCGGGGGGCAAGGAGUGAGCUAGGGGGCACAUCACGAGCAGUGCAAGCAGUUAGAGGCCACGUUUUUAAAAAGUACAAAGAAACCGACGAAAUUAAUUUUAAGAAUAUGUUUAUGUAACCUGAGACACACAAAGUAUUAUUGCUUCAGCGUGUAGUCGGUGUAAAACAGCUGAGAUAGUUUACGCUCUGUCUUCCGUGUUAAGUCUCCGAGAUCCAGGGCAUUUCAGCUCAUAGCACAGCUCAAAUAAAAAGAAAAAAAAAAUUGGUGGCAGUUUACACUCUGUGUAGGGCCGGCCCUAUGGCGUAGUGGUCGAGUUUGCGUGCUCCUUUUCAGCAGCCCGGGGUUCACAGGUUCGGAUCCUGGGCGUGGACCUACACCCCGCUCAUCAAGCCAUGCUGUGGCGGCGUCCCACAUACAAAGUAGAGGAAGGUGGGCACGGAUGUCAGCUCAGGGCCGAUCAUAAACUCCGUGCAAACCCAGGGUUAGUAGGACCUGGGCGAGAGCGUGUCCUGUGACGCCUUGUACUUGGGCCGGAGCUCCGGACGAGCCUCCCGAUGCGGCGCGCUCCUGGGACGAACUCCCCGGCUCAGCCGUGCCUCCCGCGGCUGACGGAUGAUGCUCUGCUGCGGUCUCUGUCUCCCACAGUCCUGCCGAGGAUGGACCCCGCCGCGGGCGCCGCAGAACAGCGUGGGGACGAGAAGGCCGGGAGCCCGCAGCCGGAGCCUGCGCCGUGGCAAGCCCUGCCGGUCCUGUCCGAGCAGCAGUCCGGGGACGUGGAGCUGGUGCUGGCCUACGCCGCGCCUGUCCUCGACAAGCGCCAGACCUCGCGGCUCCUCAAGGAGGUGUCGGCCGUCCACCCGCUGCCCGCCCAGUCUCACCUCAAGAGGGUGCGGCCAAGCCGCGACGCCAGCCACCCGCACGCACUGGACAUGCUGCUGUGCCUGGCGGGGCCGGCCGUGGGCACGCGCUCGCUCGCCGAGCUCCUCCCGUGGCCGGCCGUGGACGCCCGGGGCCUGGGACAGCCCUUCUUGGUGCCCGUGCCCGCCCGGCCGCCUCUGACCAGGGGCCAGUUCGAGGAGGCGCGUGCCCACUGGCCCACGUCCUUCCACGAAGACAGGCAGGUGACCCGCGCCCUGGCCGGGCGGCUCUUCUCGGCGCAGGAGCGGGCCACGAUGCAGGGCCACAUGGAGCGGGCUAUCCGAGCAGCGCAGCAGGCGGCCACGAGGGGCCUGAGGGCCGUGGGGGCCGUGGUGGUGGACCCGGGCUCGGACCGCGUGCUGGCCACGGCCCACGACUGCAGCGGCCCAGCCAGCCCCCUGCUGCACGCCACCAUGGUGUGCAUUGACCUGGUGGCCCAGGGCCAGGGCCGCGGCGCCCACGACCUCGGGCCCCACCCCGCCUGCUCCUUCGCCCCAGCCACCACCGCCCAGGCCGUCCGGGCGGGCUCCGUGCGCAAGCUGGACGAGGACGUGGACGCGGACGGCCUGCCCUACGUGUGCACUGGCUACGACCUCUACGUCACCCGCGAGCCCUGCACCAUGUGCGCCAUGGCCCUGGUGCACUCCCGCGUGCGGCGCGUCUUCUACGGGGCGCCCUCGCCCGACGGCGCCCUGGGCACCCGCUUCCGCCUGCAUGCCCGGCCCGACCUCAACCACCGCUUCCUUGUGUUCCGCGGCGUGCUGGAGGCCCAGUGCCGCCGGCUGGACCCCGACACCUAA